ACCGGAAGUGGGAGCUCCAGUCUGAAUGCCUGGCCCGCUGCCGCUGGGCUAGACCUGGAUGGAAUUCUGAGUCUUCUCGUCAAAUCCGUGCCGUCUCCCGGCCUGUCGUCUCCUAAGAAAAGUCGUGGGACCAUGUCGAACAUGGAGAAACACCUAUUUAACUUGAAGUUUGCUGCAAAAGAGCUUAAUAGAAAUGCCAAGAAAUGUGAUAAAGAAGAAAAGUCUGAAAAGGCGAAGAUUAAAAAGGCUAUUCAGAAAGGGAAUACUGAAGUUGCAAGAAUACAUGCUGAAAAUGCAAUCCGCCAGAAGAACCAAGCAAUUAAUUUCUUGAGAAUGAGUGCUAGGGUUGAUGCUGUGGCAGCCAGAGUUCAAACUGCAGUAACAAUGGGCAAGGUAACCAAGUCCAUGGCAGGUGUAGUUAAAUCUAUGGAUGCCACAUUGAGGAGUAUGAACCUUGAAAAGAUUUCUGCCCUGAUGGACAAAUUUGAACACCAAUUUGAAACUCUGGAUGUUCAAACACAACAAAUGGAAGACACAAUGAGUAGUACUACAACCCUAACAACACCACAAAGCCAAGUGGAUAUGCUGCUUCAAGAAAUGGCAGAUGAAGCUGGCCUUGAUCUCAAUAUGGAACUACCACAGGGUCAGACAGGAUCUGUUGGCACCAGUGUUGCUUCCAUGGAACAGGAUGAACUAUCACAGAGACUUGCUCGUCUGCGUGAUCAAGUGUAAUUUAAAGAACUGGUGCUUUUGUUUACUUCACCUACUUCUGAAAAACUUCAUGUUAUAUAUAUAGAAAAGUUGCACUCCAGUUACAUUAAGAGCACCAUAUGUUACAGAAUGCUUAAAUGUUAUUUAUAAUGCUUUCUUUUGCCAUGUUGUACUUUCUAAUACUUUUAAGAAAUUCCAGAGAGUUUCCACCUUGACAUAUUUUAUAGUUUUGUAUAUUAUAUUGUAAAAUGUGAGGGACUCUUUUAAGAUAACUUUGACCAAGCUAGCAUUAAUUUGUUGUAUAUGAAACAUUCUCCUUAAAAAUUGCAUAAAAAAUAUGGCAACAAAGUACUGCUGAUGAAAGUAUAGAAUAAAUAUUUUGUGUGUUUUUUUUAA